UCCGUAUUGCACAGUCGUUCUGAGAACUACAACUCCCGUCGGCGGCUGGAGGCUCCAGUGUCUUUGGCAGGUUUGCUGCUUACGUGUCUGCGGAGAGCUGGAUGGUGAGGAAGAUAUGAGACACCGGUACCGAUAAGAUGUGGCUCAGACCGGAGGAAGUGCUCCUGAAGAACGCCUUGAAGCUAUGGGUGACCGAGACCUCCAACCCGUACUUCGUGCUGCAGAGGAGAAGGGGCUGUGGGGAGGAAGGAGGGGGACUGACAGGUCUUCUUGUGGGAACUCUUGAUGCUGUUUUAGAUUCAACUGCUAAAGUCGCACCAUUCAGGAUUCUCCACCAAACUCCUGACUCUCAAGUGUACUGGUCCAUUGCUUGUGGAGCCAACAGAGAGGAGAUAUUAAAACACUGGCGAUGGCUGGAGCAGAACGUUAUGAAGACUUUGUCAGUGUUCGACUCAAGUGAUGACAUAACUAGUUUUGUUCAAGGCAAAAUAAGGGGGCUCAUUGCUGAAGAAGGAAGAAGCUCAUUUGUAAAAGAAGAGGAUCCUGAAAAAUUUCGUGAAGGUCUCUUAAAAUUUGAGAAAUGCUUUGGACUGCCAGACAAGGAGAAGCUGGUGACCUAUUACUCAUGCAGUUACUGGAGAGGAAGAGUUCCCUGCCAGGGUUGGCUAUAUCUCAGCACCAACUUUUUAAGUUUCUAUUCGUUCCUUCUAGGCUCUGAGUUUAAGCUCAUCAUCUCGUGGGAUGAGAUCUCGAGGCUGGAAAAGACUUCUACGGUUCUCCUAACAGAGAGCAUACAGGUCUUAUCUCGAGGAGAAGACCACUACUUUUCGAUGCUCUUGCACAUAAAUGAGACUUUUCUUUUGAUGGAGCAGCUUGCCAGUUAUGCUAUUAGGAGACUUUUCGACAAAGAAACCUUUGAAAAUGACCAAAUAUUAAAUGAUCCUCAGCAGAUCACAAAGAGGGGUCUAGAGAGUCGAGCUUACAGUGAACAUUUCACUACUUACUUUAGAUUGCCCAAAGAAGAAAUUUUGAAAGAGGUGCAUGAAUGUUUCCUGUGGAUACCCUUCACCCAUGUCAAUGCACCGGGCAAGAUGUGCAUUUCUGAGAACUACAUUUGCUUUGCAAGCCAUGAUAGUAGUUUAUACAGCACAGUCAUUCCAUUAAGAGAGAUUGUUGGUGUAGAGAAGUCUGAUGCAUUAACAAGGGCUGUGACAAUCAGCACCAAGGGGAAGAAUAUUUUCCGUUUCACUGAUGUUCGAGACUUUGACUCCCUAGUGGCUAGACUAAAGUCCAAAUGUACCGUGACGAGUCCCCAGCAUGUUGCUUACACUGUGACUGGCUACAACGACAGUGCAGCAGACGUCCAGGACCAACACCCUAUGUUAGAUUCAAAGGGCUCUAGUAAAACUGUAAGCACAGAGGCACUGAUGACUGUUUUCCAUCCUCAAGAUGCUGAAAAGCUGGAUCCAAUAAUGUUGAAAGAAAAAAUGAAGGAGCAGUACUGGGAUAUCCUCUUCUCAGAAUGUGGCCGUGGAGUUUCUAUGUUUCGUACAAGAAGAACUCGGAACUUAGUAGUCAAAGGCAUCCCUGAGACAUUAAGGGGAGAGCUCUGGCUCCUUUUCUCAGGUGCCGUUAAUGACAUGGGGGCUAACCCAGGCUACUAUACUGAAAUAGUGGAAAAGUCUCUAGGUACGUGCACAUUGGCUACUGAUGAGAUUGAACGAGAUUUGCGCAGAUCAUUGCCAGAGCAUCCAGCCUUUCAGAGUGACACCGGCAUCUCUGCAUUGAGGAGAGUGUUAACUGCAUAUGCAUACAGAAAUCCCAAAAUUGGAUAUUGUCAGGCAAUGAAUAUCCUUACUUCAGUUCUGCUCCUUUAUGCCAAAGAAGAGGAGGCUUUUUGGCUGCUUGUGGCUGUGUGUGAAAGGAUGCUGCCAGAUUACUUCAACCGGAGAAUUAUAGGUGCCUUGGUAGAUCAAGCGGUAUUUGAAGAACUCAUCAAAGAUUAUUUGCCACAAUUGACUGAUCACAUGACAGACAUGACAUUUUUUUCCUCGGUAUCCCUAUCGUGGUUUCUCACCCUCUUCAUCAGCGUCUUGCCUUUUGAAAGUGCUGUCAAUGUGGUAGACUGCUUUUUCUAUGAUGGGAUCAAAGCCAUCCUCCAGCUGGGAUUAACUGUACUGCACUUUAAUAUUGACAAGCUGCUGGGCUGCAAAGAUGAUGCUGAAGCUGUCACUAUCCUCAACCGUUUUUUUGACAAUGUCACAAAUAAAGACAGCCCACUUCCUUCAAGUGUACAACAAGCCUCUGCUGCAGCAGAUAGGAAGAGGAAAAGCACUAAUGUGGAAAUCACAGAACUGAUCAGGGAGUCAAAUGAGAGAUUUGGAGCCAUUCGGUAUGAAGAUGUGGAAAGCAUGCGGACUAGGAAUCGUCUGUAUGUUAUCCAGACUUUAGAAAUGACAACAAAGCAAAAUGUGGUUCGAGUUGUUUCACAGGAAGUAAAAUUUAGCCCUGUUGAUCUAGAGGAACUGUAUUAUAUAUUUAAGAGGGAACACUUUUUAUCUUGUUACUGGAGUGUGAAUAACAGCAGCAUAUUGAGUCAUCAUGAUCCAAGCCUGCCGUAUCUAGAACAAUAUCACAUAGACUGCCAGCAGUUCCGGACCCUGUACCACCUUCUCAGCCCCUGGGCAUACUCUCCUAGCGUAGACUCACUAGCAUUGUGGACCUUCCGUCUGUUGGAUGAAAAUUCUGAUGGUCUCAUCAAUUUUAAAGAGUUUGCACUGGCAUUUGAUAUCAUGUUCAACGGCAGCUUUACCGACCGGCUCAAGCUACUUUUUAAGAUGCAUAUACCACCAGCUUUUACUGUGGUAUCUAUGAGCCCAUCAGAGGACGCCAAACUUUCCAAAGAGGAAUUGAUGCAUUUCAGUCAACUUCAUGUGACAUCUCCCAUAGAACUUUCCAGUCCUGAAGACAAAACUAAGAGUCCUGAAAAAGGUAGAGGGAAGAUUGAUAUUCAGGCAUAUCUGAAACAGUGGCAAGAUGAACUGGUGCAUAAGGAAGAAAGUAUUAAAGACCUACCACGGAUGAACCAGACCCAGUUCAUCCAGUUUUCAAAGACACUUUACAACUUAUUUCAUGGGGAUCCUGAAGAAGAAUUACUGUAUCGUGCCAUUGCGGCUGUCACCAGUCUCCUCCUCCGUAUGGAAGAAGUGGGUAGGAAACUACAGAAUACUGCUUCUCAGACCCAGACUCUACCACCAGAGGGAGGCACUGAGCUUACUGACAACACUCAGGGGAGCAGUGCGCCACAAGACACAGAACACACGGUUUCUCACCCAUCCAAAGAAGACACUGAAUGGUCCUUUGCAUUUGAGCAGAUUCUUGCCUCUCUACUCAAUGAACCUUCACUUGUCAGGUUUUUUGAAAAACCUACUGAUUUCAAAGCCAAGCUAGACGCUGCGCGGACAUCUCAAAUGCAUGCGAGUAAGAGGGUAUAAGGAACAUCAUCUUCUAAUCUCCCCUUCACAGACCACUACAUAAAAUGUCCACUUUACCUUUUAAAGUUUUUUUUUUUUUUUUCUUGUAAUGGGACACAGUUACACUUUUUAUAUGUUUUAGGGCUACAAUGCAUUUUUUUUUUGUCAAAAAGGAGAAAACCCCACACAUCAGCUGCACUGUAUACAUGCACAUUUCAGUUGUGAGCACAACUGCUGACUUAUUGUAUGUGUAAAAUAAAUGGUCUUCGAUCAUGUACUUACAUUGGUAGUAUUACUUUUAAAUAUUUUACAUGUUAAGCCAGGUGAUUUGUGUUCGUUUUACAAAUCUGUUUUUAAGCCUUGCAAUUUAUUCACUUAUGCCAUUUAUUGAGAGUUCACAGUGAAUAUUAAUAGGCCUAAAACUAAGCUGAGACUUCCUGUCCUGUAUAGAUCACUUUCCAGCUGUGUCCCCUUUAGCAGACAAGAUUACAUUGAAAUAAAUAGAUAACACAAUAAAUGAUGCUCACAGCUCAGUCUCCCCUCCCAGUGGAAUGACAUCUUCUCAAAUAGCUGGAAACUUUUCCCAUUCAUAUCAACAUUUCUUGUUCAUGUUCAAAUUAACAAAAUUUUGGAGAAAGCUUUUGCACAUAGAAUUAUAAAAAAUAAAAAUGAAUAUUACCGCAGUGAGACGUAAAGCAUGCAUCAAGCACUGCCAGUCCUUAUUGCCCAUUCUCUUCAAUUUAGCUCUUAGUUAAAAAAAAAAAAAUUAUAUA